GACCUGGGUGUAGGUGCGGGGGGGACAUCUGACCACGCGGACCACGUUACUGUAAACACGUUCAUGAUCCAGAGGAAAUACAGGCUUAACCCGGUGUUUUGAAAUUCUGCACAAACGCCAUCAUGGACCUGUUUGAAAACGGCAAGGUUGUAAAAGUGUGUGCCCCGAUGGUACGCUAUUCAAAGCUGGCCUUCAGAUCUCUAGUCCGGAAAUAUGACUGCGACCUGUGUUUCACUCCUAUGAUAGUUGCAGCUGAUUUCAUACGCUCUGCUAAAGCCAGGGACAGUGAACUCACCACUACCUACUCUGACCGACCGCUGAUCAUCCAGUUUGCUGCAAAAGAUGCUCAGACACUUGCAACCGCUGCUAGCUUGGUUGCCCCUUUCUCAGACGGCGUGGAUCUGAAUUGCGGCUGUCCUCAGAGGUGGGCUAUGGCAGAGGGCUACGGUGCAUGCUUAAUUAACAAACCACAAAUAGUAAAAGACAUGGUGAGACAUGUCAGGAACCAAGUCGACAAACCCAAUUACGCAGUGUCCGUUAAGAUCAGAAUUCAUAAGGAUGUGCGGAAGACUGUAGAUCUUUGUCAGAAGGCGGAAGCAGCAGGGGUGUCAUGGAUCACAGUUCACGGGCGGACAGCCGAUGAGAGACAUCAACCGGUGCAUUACGACGCCAUCAAAACCAUCAAGGAUAGCCUUCGCAUCCCAGUCAUCGCCAACGGCGAUAUUAAAAAUCCCAAAGACGUCCAGGCCGUGUGUGAGCUUACAGGGGUGGACGGUAUGUCUAUAAAGAUGACUUUGCAGUGGACUGCAGUGGCUUUGUUCCUCUAUAUAGAAAUCGGAAUUCUUCUCCUGCUCUGCCUGCCAUUCAUCUCAGCUCAAAGAUGGCAGAUGAUUUUCAGUCUGAACAUAUGGAAUCGUGUUGCUUGGGUCUGGAAAAGAGGAUUUCUGGCAAUGAUCAUUAUCCUCAUUGUUCUCUUUCUGGAUGCUGUGAGGGAGGUGAGGAAAUACUCCGGCGCGCAGAUCAAUAAAGAAUCUAAGAUGUACCCUAACAUGAUUGACCAUGUGCAUAUGAAGCUGUUUAGAUCUCAGAGGAACCUGUACAUCUCUGGCUUCGCCCUCCUCCUGUGGCUGGUCAUGCAACGAGUCAUCCAGCUGAUAAAUCAACUUGCGGCAGCUGUAAACACCAACUCGGCCCUUCAUGUCCAGAUAGAGGACGCGAAUAAGGCUGCCAAAAGAUAUAUGGAGGAAACUGAACAGCUUGAGCAGGCUUUGAAAGAUUGCACAGAUGAAAGUAAGGCAGAGGGAAACGAACGCCUCAGGAAUGAGGUGUCCCAACUCAAACAGGAGCUGAAGACAUCUGCUGAAGCUCUGAACAAGUCCAAGUCGGAAGCAGACGCCAUUAAAAAGCAAACUGAGGCCCUAGCCAAAGACUAUGACCAUUUACUUCAAAACCAAAUGAAAUUGCAGGCUUGCACUGAGAUUGAAGAUAAGAAGGAUAUUUGAGAACAGCAUUUAAUUCAGCCGCUAUCCUGAAGCAGCAUGGUGUCAUUACCUUCAGGCCCAGGGUGACCCCACAGCUCUGCAGUUUAUCAAACACGUACACAGCUGGCACAACUUGUAAAGCAGCAGAGGAAUGUUUUGCAUAUUGUAGCAUCCACAAUAAUAAUGCAGUGAACGUUUUGCUAUCUUUAAAUGUUGUUUACUGGAGAGGACCUGUCUUAUUUUAUACAUAGUUCAUAUUAUUUCGCCUUCAGUAACCGAUUUCUAGACUUAAAUAUAUAGUACCGUGCAAAGGUCUUUGGCACAUGUCAAGAAAUAAAAAACAAUUUUUUUUUUUUUUUUUUAAAUCUGAAAAGUGAUGUACUGAUGUAAUAUGUUGCUUUCAUUACUGACAUACAAACAUUUUUCGGUCACAUUUAUUUUCUUGUUGUAAAAGUAAUGUUUGGGAAAACGAAACUUUUCUACCGAUUCACUAAUGCAGAAGUGAUCAAAUAAACAUCUGUAACAAAAUGA